AUGUCUCAACCGUCAAAAUUUGAAGCAGCUCGCACAAAGCAAUUCGAAGAAGCACGUUUUGAUCCUUAUAAGCAACGGCAUGGACUCUUUUCAAUUCCUGGAAAUUUAGCUAUAGGUGAUGAUGUUUACGCUAGAGAGCCAGCAUCAAAGAAAGGCCCAGAUGGAAAGAUAAUAACUGCUCCAAGAAAUUUUUUGACAAUCAUGCCAAAGACAGGCCAAGUCAAAGAAGGCUAUUUUUCAACUCCUGAGUAUGUUUGCGGCACUUAUCAAGAUCCUCCUCCAAAGUACCUGAAGGAAAGAGAAAAUGCCGAAAAAAUGAUGAGUUUUCACGGAAAACCAUGAAAAUCUAAUGGAGCAUUUAAAGAGCCGCUUGCUAUGUUUGAAUAUUCUUCAGUUCAAGCAGAUCAAAGACCAAACCGAAGAGGUCCAGAUGGAAAAAUUACUCUAGGGCCAAAAGGCUUUUUCACAUGCCCAGCAAAGAGAGGGUCAGGAUCUGCAACACCUGGAGUAACAAUUGGAAAAUAUCCUGAAUAUAUGUCAAGCCCUUACGAUAGCCAAGAAGAAUGGCUUAGAGAGCAAAGACUAGAUUAGAUUAAAUAAGAUUAAAUUCUAAGCAGGUCUUCGGUUUUUAUUUCAACCCUCGCAAUCCCAGGCAGGCUUCAGGUUCAAGCGGCCCUAGUUACCUGACGUCACACCACAUUAUUUUAUGUCAACAACACCAGUCUUUCGGGAAGACUAGCCGAAGCUUAUGCUGGUCUGAUUAAUGCUGCACUUACUCCCUCAAACUCUGAUAGUGCUAAAGUAUGGGUAAAAUGUCUUAGUGCCUCUUCGGACUACCAGCAGAUAGAAGUAUAAAUUGCUUCCCAGUAGUGUAUCUAGAUAUUGCGUUCUCGGUAUAUCGUCUGUGGGUCAAAAAAAGAAUCCCGACCAUGCAAAAAAACCCACCCCGAACUUCCUAAAAGGAUGGGAUCCGCUUGUCUGUGACCGAUAUCAACUCAUCAGCUACCCUGGACCUAUUCACCACUCGCCAUCUUUUAAAAAGUGAGAAAACAAAGAAGAAAAGAAAAAUCUUUGAGAUUAGACGCACCAUUUAGGCCUACAUCUUGCAAUGGAAGGAACUUUACAAAUAGUAAGACACUUUACGAUUAUUCUCAUACUUUAGCAUCAGCUGGAAAGAAAACUACAUAUGAUGGGGUCAAACAUGAUAAACCGUUUAUGCCAUUUAGUUCAACUCUACCUGGAAAUACUAUUGGGAAAUUCCCUGAACAUGAGGCUGAUCCUUAUCCUGAGAAGGAAAAAAUAGCUGGGAAAAAUGACAAUCUGAUAUGGAAAUCAAAUAAUUACAAACUCAAGACCUGGGUAUCACCACCUUUGAGUUCUUUUGCAAGAAAUGUGAAGACAGCAUUAGCAAUUUAA